UCUAUUGAGUCUCAUGCAGGCAAGAUCUUGGUGUAUCCAGUAGAUGGCAGCCAUUGGCUCAACAUGAACAUACUUCUUCGACAGCUCCACCAGCGGGGACACACUCUGACCGUAAUCCGCUCCUCCAUGAGCUGGUACAUCCCAGAGCAAACCCCACACUACUCCUCCAUUACGAUCCCCCUCUCCCAUGCCAGCAGCCUGGAGGACCCUCAGUACAUGGCAUCUUUCCUCAAGAGGAACUUGGAUAUACGCAGAGGAGAUGUGUCCAUUCUGGCUUUCAUUGCCUUGCAGCAGGAGACCCUGUCUAUGCUGUCAGAUGCUCAUCAUUCCAGUGUGGAGAUGGUGCGGGUCAUCCUGGAGAACUCCAGCCUGGUGGAGAAACUGAAGGAGACACACUUUGACCUAAUGCUGACUGAUCCUGGCUUUGCAGGUGGAGUGGUGCUAGGGCAGUACCUGGGAUUGCCCACGGUAUUCAAUGUCCGCUGGAUCACCAAUGCAGAGGGCCAUUUUGCAAUUGCACCCUCACCGCUCUCCUACAUCCCCACCAUUGGUUCCCACGUGUCUGACCACAUGAGCUUCCUCAACAAGCUGAAAAAUCUCCUGCAUUACGGGAUUGGUGUAUAUAUUGAUCUUGUCAUCACAAGACCCCUCUACCAAGAAGUAUGUGACAAGUUUCUUGGCUCUGACACUAAUGUUUAUUCCCUCAUCCAAGGUGCUGACCUGUGGCUGAUGCGGGUAGAUUUUGUUUUUGAGUUCCCGCGCCCCACUAUGCCCAAUGUGGUGUACAUGGGCGGCUUCCAGUGCCAGCCAUCUCAGCCCCUGCCUGCAAAGCUGGAAGAGUUUGUUCAGAGCUCUGGGGAGCAUGGGGUCGUGAUCAUGUCUCUAGGAACACUGCUUGGAAGCCUCCAACCUGAAAUGGCAGAAGUCAUUGCCUCAGCUUUUGCCCGCCUGCCUCAGAAGGUGGUGUGGAGGCACUUGGGGGAGAGGCCCUCCACCCUCGGCAACAACACCCUGCUGCUGGACUGGCUGCCUCAGAAUGACCUGCUGGGACACCCCAAGACCCGUGCCUUCGUCACACAUGGGGGCACCAACGGCAUCUAUGAGGCUAUCUAUCAUGGCGUGCCCGUUGUGGGGCUUCCACUCAUCUUUGAUCAGUUUGACAACAUGGUGCGUCUGGAGGCCAGGGGUGCGGCACGGGUCCUGGAGGUGACAGCUCUGGAUGUAGAGUCCCUGACCCAAGCUCUUCUGGAUGUCCUGGACAAAAAAAAGCCCUACAGGGACAAUAUGCGCAGACUGUCCAAACUGCACCACGACCAGCCUCUUAAGCCCAUGGACAGCGCCAUCUUCUGGCUGGAGUUUGUCAUGAGGCACAGGGGUGCAGCACAUCUGCGCACAGAGUCUUACAGGAUGCCCUGGUAUGCCUACCACAAUGUGGAUGUGCUGGCUCUACUACUCACUGCUGCAACUGCCAUCCUGCUGUUCCUCUGGGUGACCUGCAAGUGUCUAUGUCGGAGCCUCUGCAGGAGGAGAAAGGUCAAACUGCAGUAA